AUGAAAUUCGAGGCAAACUCUGUUUCAGGAAGCGGCGAUGGGGCACAGCCGGCGAGUUGUCCCCACACAACGGAGGCGUUCGUGAGGCCGGAUGGCCGCGAACACGCACAGGAGCUAAGACCUCUCUCUGUGCAACUCGGCUUCGCGAAAACCGCCGACGGCAGCGCCCGGGUCUCUCAGGGUUUGACGAGCGUGAUCGCGCUCGUCGUCGGUCCUGUCGAAGCGCCUCCGGGGAAGUUUUCCAGCUCGGGGUGCGUUUUCCACGUCAUUCUGAAGCCUUUGGCGGUUCCCCCGACGCUCUCGGCUGCGCGGGCGGCGGCCGCGAUGGGGAGCUGCUCAGCCGUUGCGGGCGCCGGAGGCGGACGGAAGGGAAGAACUGGCGGGGACAGUGGCGAGGCCUUCGAACGGUGGAUCGAAGUCCAGCUGCAAACGCUGCUUCAGCACAUGGUUGCUCCGGGCGAGUAUCCCCGCUGUCUGAUUCAACUGACGCUCAUGAUUCUGCAAGACGAUGGCGGGGCCGAGAGCGCGUGUAUCAACGCCGCCUUGGCCGCUCUCAUCGACGCGGGUGUUGCGCUGCGCUUCCGCGCCUGGGCGGCGAGUCUCGUGAGGCUCUCGCGCGGGGCUCGCGCCUUGGAGCGCAGCGAGGAACGUCCCGCCGUCACUGGCUCGGCUCUCUCACCGGCUUCGCAGGCAGGUUCUCGCUGUGAAGGUCAGCAGAGUAGCGGCGCCGGAGAUGAGGACGGCGAGUGGCGAGUCGACCCCUGUAGUGAGGAAGAAGAUGGACGGAAGGAAGGCGCCAUCUGUCUCGUUCUCGAACCUCAAACCGGCGACCUCGUCAGCAGCUUUUUCGAGAGGAGCGUCGGCAGCAGCGCCGCCCACGGGGCGCGUGCGAGCCGCGUGAGUCGCAGCGGCCUCGCCGUGGCAGGGGCUGGCCACGCCAGCCCGUGUGGAGGUUGGUGGGCGAUAGGGAGGGGGGGGAGUGAGGAAAGCAGCGACACGCGCGCCUGUCUGAUGCUCGCGCUGUCUGCUUGUCGAUUCGUCGAUUCACGCGUAAGGGCGGCCUUUCGGGCCAAGAUGGAAACCCCCUGCAAUAUGUUCCGCUACAACAAUUUUUGGUGGCGAGGGACGGACGACGAGGACAUCGAGGGCGAGUGA